GCCAUUAUGGUUUGUGUAAACAAAGAGAUGGGGUAUAGAAAAGCAGCAUCAGCAUUUGAUGUUCCACAGUCAACUCUUGAAAGAAGAGUGAAAGUCUACUUAGAAUCUGGAAAUAAAACAAAUGCUUUUAGUAAAGAUAUGAAUACAAUUCAAGUAGAAGUUUCAGAUCCAAGCCAAAAAGAGAAUGUUGCAACAGAUAUAACAACAAAACAAAACUCACCAGGAUGUUCCUAUUGGCAAAACAAUGCUGAGAAAGUAUUCCCUGUGUCUUCUCCUGAGGAAAUACAGCCAAUACCUAAAAGUUCAAAAACCACUGCACGUUGUUCUAAGAGAAGAGGUAAAACAGCAAUCCUUACUGAUUCCCCUUAUAAAAAUGAACUUUUAGCAGCAAAUGCAAACUCAAAGCCACAGACUGCAAAGCGUUCAUUGUUUAAGAAUAAAAAUAAAACAAAAAAAAUAAGGAGAGUAAAAACUAAGGAACCAGUGUCCAGUGAUGUAGAUGAGAACUGUCUAUACUGUGGUGAGUCAUAUUCAAUAUCAGUCGAUGGGUGGAUUCAAUGUUCCAAAUGCAAUUUAUGGGCCCACUGCCUUUGUGCGGGCAUUGAUGAAAAAGAUAAGGAUGCCUUAUUAACCUGUGAACUUUGCUCUUAAUUAUUUUAAAUGUGUUAAUUUUUUAAUUAAAUUUUUAAGUUUGACUACUUGUGUAGGUACUACAUCUAUAAUUAGUAUUUAAAUAAAAUGUACCUAUUUAAUAAAUGUAAAAGUUUAUGUGUUUUAAAUUUACAA